GCUCCACCGGCAGUGGCGUUGGGCUGAAAAGGGCAACGUGGUACGUACACAACGUUUCUCCGCCCUGCCGUAAAAGAAGAAUGGAGCCGUUACGAGGGCGUGUUUAUUUUGCAACCAACAACCACGUUGUCUCCUUCCCCCAUCUCCUUCCCUCAACCGUAUAAGUUCUUGAUCGACAAGGACGCUCUCACUUUCUUUGAUUUUGAAACAUAGUACACACACUCGCUCUGUUAUGUUGAAUCCCGCUCUCCUCACUGCUGUUCUCGUCCUCUAUGCCGGCUCUGUUUCCGCCAGCCCCCACAAUGCACCGCGCAGCCACCACCGACGGAUGCAAGUCGGUAGCGUCAAGACGUUCAAUGCCUCUGAUGCUGUUGCCCUCGAAAAGCGGCAGUCGAGCUUCUCUGGCGUGCGCAUGACCUGGUACCCGACGGACACUGGCGCCGACGCGUGCACGGGCAAGAACCACCUCUCGACUGAUUGGGUUGUUGCGAUGGACUUCGGGCUGUUCGGGGAUGGGUCUGCCUGCUGCGGACGGCAGAUACAAAUCUCAUACGGUGGAAAGACUGCGGUUGCCACGUGCGUUGACGAGUGUGCGAGCUGUUACAACCACGGUGAACUGGAUCUGACCGAAGGCUUGUUCACCUACUUUGUUGGUGAUCCCGGGAUUGGUGUGUUUGAUGCGUCUUGGGUGUAUGCCGAUGGCACGACGACGACGUCAACCUCGACUCACACGACACCCACCACCACCUCGACAACCCACACGACACCUACCACCACUUCGACACACCACACGACGCCGACUACCACAUCGACCUAUGUCGCGCCCACUACCUCAUCGACUUACGUCGAGCCGACCACAUCAUCGACUUACGUUGCGCCGACUACUACAUCAUCGACCUACGUCGCACCGACCACAACUUCGUCGACCUACGUCGCGCCGACCACAACUUCGUCGACUUACGUUGCGCCGACCACAACUUCGACGCACUCGACCACACACACCACCCCGAUCACAACUCACACGACGUCCACUCACACUACUCCGACUACGACGUCGACCCACACCACUCCGACCACCACUCACACCACGUCGACUCACACCACUCCGACUACCACUUCAACCACUCACACUCCAACCACCACCUCGACUCACACAACGCCGACUACGACCUCGACCUCGACCAAGCACACGUCGUCCCACUCGUCCACGCACUCCGCCGCUGCUCUCGUGGCCCACGCGUCGUCCUCGUCUGCGUUGAAGCCGUCGUCCGCCAAGCCGUCAUCCGUGAAGCCUACAUCAGUAAAGCCUACGGUGGCGGCGACAACCGAGUCGCCGCUGACGCUUGUCGGCAGCGUCGCAACGACCGCGUCUGUGGCUGCCACCCAGGCAAUUGCCAACGCGGGUGCCGACACGACGCCGUCUGUUCCUGCGCCUGGUGGUGCACUGAGUGGCGCGGUCGCCCACGGCGCGUCAGGCCAAUCUGUGUUGCUUGUGGCCCUUCUGAGCUCUGUGGUUGUGUUCGUGCUCUAGACAGUCUGUAUUCCAGGAGAUACCGAUACAUGCUUGCCGGGCAGGCAAUCCUGCAUUCGACUGACGCAUCAUACAUAACGGACUUCCUCCCGGACUGCACUAUCACUUACAUACGUAGAUUGUUGCCGGCAACUACCGAAUACAACUCGCUGAAGUUAUCUCAUCCUUCCCAGCCCAUGAUCGAUCCCAACAUUUUUGGGCAUCUGCAUUGAUUACGUUUGCUGGCCGCUCCCUUUUCGCUCUCACGUAGGCUACGCAGUUCUCCCCUCGUUGGUCUCCCGUCCUCGCUGUUGUCUGUUUCUUUCCCUGCUUGAUUGCAAACACCUGCCAGCCGAAGCAAGCGUUUACCUCAAGCGAUCAUGGAAUCACCUCCUCGGCAAGUGGUGUGACGAAUCAAAAUGCUGGCCCCGCAAGGCUCUUGAUACCUAGUCCCAUACAAUUACUGCCCCGUACUAAGUAUCGAGUCUCGACCAUGACAGACUAGAUGCGCCUUCAAACGCUGACAGCGACUGAGUCGAUGGACAGGCGUGGACGCAUGGUGCUCGCCGAGGCACCGAGAUAGCCUCUCCUUGCCCGAGGCCGCGACUCCUUGCUCCGCCAAGCACAGUGCCGUGAUGUCACCUGCUCCUUGUGGCUCCUGUGAAGAGCAAACUGGGCGGGGAGGAAAAAAAAUCUCGCAUGCAGGUUUAGGCGACACAAGGCAUUGAUGGCGAUCACUGAUAUUAUCUACCGGGCACUUGACAACGUUUGACAACCCUCUCCUACCCUCUCUCUGCUCCCCCCUUCAUAACGCACGUCUCGGGUCCGCCCUCCCUCACGCUCAUUAGCUUUAACCAUACAUACACAAUGCUCUCUGCGGUGUCCAUCUCACUCGCGAUCUUGUUGACGACUGCGUCCUCUGCCGUCGCCAGCCACUCGCAUGAGGCGCGCAAGCACAAUGCUGUCUUCCGUAGUAGCAGCCGCUCCACCAACGAGACCGAGUCCACUCUUUCCAAGCGCGGUAACAGCGGCACCAUGACCUGGUAUCCGACCGACACUGGCCCAGAUGCAUGCACGGGCAAGACACACAGCGACAGCGACUGGUAUGUCGCGAUGGACCGGCGGAUGUUUGGGGAUGGGUCCCCGUGUUGCAACAAGCAGAUCACCAUCUCGUACAAUGGCAAGCAGACAACAGCCACUUGCGUGGACGAGUGCAUGACCUGCGACACUCCGACCUCGCUGGACAUGACCAAGGGCCUGUUCCAGUUCUUCGAGUCAGAUCUCGGCCAAGGUGUCUUCCAAGGCGACUGGUGGUAUGCUGGUAGCGGUGGUGGAAAUGAUGGCGGAAACGGCGGUGGCAACCAACAGACAACGACCACCGCCCAGAAGACCACUACCACCCACAAGACGACGGCCACCCCGACCACGACGUGGACCCC